AUGCAGCUUAUUACAUUCUCUCUGGAAAUCGUAGAUGGAGAACCUAUCUAUGUUUCGUCUAACAGCCUUCCAAUCAAAGCUUUCAACCGUGAGCCUGCAGGACAUGCUUUUCACGCAGCUGCACUUAGGUUGAUAGGUCAUGUUGAGGAAACAAAUGCAGAUAAUGAAAAGAAGAAUGAAGGUUCGAAUGAGAAGGAGCAGGACUACAGGCAAACAUCGGAUUCCUACAGUAGUAAAGGCAAGAAGAAAUCUGGCAGUGAAGGGAAGCAGCAGGAUCAUUAUGCUUUAUUGGGGUUGGGCCAUUUGAGGUAUCUUGCGACUGAGGAACAGAUAAAGAAAAGUUAUCGUGAAACUGCUCUGAGGCAUCAUCCGGACAAGCAGGCUGCACUUCUGCUUGCUGAGGAAACUGAGGCAGCGAAGCUAGUGAAGAAGGAUGAAAUAGAGAGCCAUUUCAAGGCCAUUCAGGAAGCUUACGAGGUGCUCAUUGACCCCGUCAAGAGAAGAAUCUAUGAUUCAACAGACGAGUUUGAUGAUGAAAUUCCAUAUGAGUGUGCACCGCAGGACUUUUUCAAGGUGUUUGGACCAGCAUUCUUGAGAAAUGGGCGCUGGUCAGUGCACCAGCCCAUCCCGACUUUGGGAGAUGAAAAUUCUACACUAGAAGAAGUGGAUAGUUUUUAUGAUUUUUGGUAUAGCUUCAAGAGCUGGAGGGAGUUUCCCCAUGCUGAUGAGUUUGACGUUGAGCAAGCUGAGUCCCGUGAUCACAAAAGGUGGAUGGAGAGGCAAAAUGCAAAACUCUCGGAGAAGGCAAGGAAGGAAGAAUAUGGACGUAUACGUACACUUGUUGACAAUGCCUAUAAAAGGGACCCUAGAAUUCUUAGAAGAAAAGAUGAGCUCAAAGCUGAGAAACAGAGGAAGAAGGAGGCCAAGAUUUUGGCAAAGAAACUGCAGGAGGAAGAAGCAGCUAGGAUUGCUGAGGAGGAGAGACGUAAAAAGGAGGAGGAUGAAAGAAAGGCCGCUGAAGCUGCUUUAAAUCAGAAAAAAUUGAAGGAGAGAGAGAAAAAGCUAUUGCGCAAAGAGCGGACCCGGCUUCGAACACUUUCUGGAGCUGUCGUGUCCCAGCAUUUGCUUGAUCUUUCUGAUGAUGAUGUGGAAGGUCUUUGCAUUUCACUUGAUAUUGAACAACUGAGGAAUUUAUGUGACAAGAUGGAAAGAAAGGAAGUGCUAGGGAGAGCUGAACUUCUGAGGGAGGCACUUGGAUCUGAUAACAAAGCGAAGUAUGAGAAGCAUAAUGAGAAGAAGAACGAACGGCAGAAUGGUUCUAUGGGGGUGAAUAAGCAAGUCAUUUUUGGCAGCAAUGAGAAAAGGGAGAAUCCCUGGGGCAAAGAAGAGAUUGAGAUGUUAAGAAAGGGGAUGCAAAAAUAUCCUAAAGGAACUUCUCGGAGGUGGGAAGUGAUUUCUGAGUACAUUGGUACUGGAAGGUCAGUUGAAGAGGUUCUGAAGGCUACAAAAACUGUUCUUCUUCAGAAGCCUGACUCCGCCAAAGCUUUUGAUUCCUUCCUUGAGAAAAGAAAGCCAGCACAAUCAAUUGCAUCUCCUCUUACAGCCAGAGAGGACUUUCCUGGGAUAUCAAACGGCAAUGUGCCCGAGAGGAAUGCUUCUGAUCCAAAUAAUUUGCCUGAGUCAUCCACUGGAACUGGAAGCUGCCAGAAGUUGGAUGAUAGUGCAGCUUCUAAUGGUGUUGCUUCAAGUUCAGAUCAAGAUGCAUGGUCGUCUGUUCAGGAACAAGCUUUGGUUCAAGCUUUGAAGACCUUUCCCAAGGAAACUAGCCAGCGGUGGGAACGAGUUUCUGCCGCAGUUCCCAGGAAAACUGUCAGCCAAUGUAAGAAGAAAUUUACGUUGAUGAAAGAUAACUUUAGGAACAGCAAUGUGCUAGAGAAGAAUAGUUGUAAGUCGGAUGGUUCAGAUCCAUCUUCCAGUCCCGUUGAGAAUGGUCAAAAAACAGAUGAGAGCAUUAUCGGAAAUGGGGUUUCUUCAAGUUCUGACCAGGAUACAUGGUCCGAUGUUCAGGAAAAAGAUUUGGUCCAAGCUCUUAAAACAUUCCCAAAGGAAACUAACCAGAGGUGGGAACGAGUAGCUGCUGCAGUUCAUGGGAAAACUGUUGAUCAGUGUAAGAAAAAGUUUGCAAUGCUGAAAGAGAACUUCAGGAAUAAGAAAAAUGCAGUGUAG